AUGCCAAGCAUGGAUGAACCCCUUCUUGGCAUUGGUGUUCUUAAGACCAGCGGGGUGAGAGAGAGCCUGGUAGUGCCCGAGGUCAGAAAACAGCUGUACCUUGCUGGGCCACUCAUCGCCGCAUGGAUCCUACAGAACAUUGUCCAGAUGAUAUCUGUCAUGUUUGUCGGUCACCUUGGUGAGCUUGCCCUCUCCAGUGCCUCCAUCGCCACCUCCUUUGCAGGCGUUACUGGCUUCAGCUUAUUGUCUGGCAUGGCGAGCAGCUUGGACACACUGUGUGGGCAAUCGUUUGGGGCAAAGCAGUACUAUCUUCUUGGCAUCCACAAGCAGAGGGCCAUCCUUGUGCUCACUCUAUGCCAUGUCCGGUUCCUGCAAACGCAGAACAUCGUCCUCCCGGUGAUGCUGAGCUCAGGUGCCACAGCACUGAACCAUCUGCUGGUGUGCUGGCUGCUGGUGUACAAGAUUGGUAUGGGCAACAAGGGUGCUGCCUUGGCCAAUGCUAUCUCAUACUUAACCAAUGUCUCAAUCCUGGCAAUUUACGUCAGGCUUGCACCAGCCUGUAGAAACACCUGGAGAGGGUUCUCAAAGGAGGCUUUUCAUGACAUACCCAGCUUCUUGAGGCUUGGUGUUCCAUCUGCGCUGAUGGUUUGCUUGGAGUGGUGGUCAUUUGAGCUCCUGGUACUUCUUUCUGGACUUCUCCCAAAUCCAAAGCUUGAGACAUCAGUUUUGUCCAUUUCCUUAAACACAGGCUCUUUAGCGUUUAUGAUCCCUUUUGGGCUUAGCGCAGCCAUAAGCACCCGUGUUUCAAAUGAACUUGGUGCUGGACGACCCCAUGCUGCCCAUCUGGCUACCCGUGUGGUCAUGGUGCUGGCUAUCGUGGUUGGCAUAUUAAUCGGACUAGCUAUGAUUUUGGUGCGCAAUUUAUGGGGAUAUGCAUACAGUAAUGAGGAGGAGGUGGUGAAAUACAUCUCCAAAAUGAUGCCAAUCCUAGCUGUGUCAUUCUUGUUUGAUUGUGUGCAGUGUGUUCUUUCAGGUGUUGCUAGGGGCUGUGGGUGGCAAAAGAUUGGUGCUUGUGUUAAUCUUGGUGCAUACUACCUUAUAGGAAUUCCAGCUGCCAUCUGUUUCGCCUUUCUGUACCAUCUAGGCGGAAUGGGACUUUGGCUGGGAAUAAUCUGCGCACUCGUCAUACAGAUGUUAUUUCUCCUCACAAUUACUUUGUGCAGCAACUGGGAGAAAGAAGCUUUGAAGGCAAAGGACAGAGUAUUUAGUACAUCCCUACCAGCUGACAUGAUGACAUGA